AUGCCACCGCAACCCGCGCUUCCCGAGCCAGCGCAUCCAGAAGUAGAUUCAAUGCUGAGCCGUAGAUUCGGAAAGGAAGUUGCAAACUACUUCUCUGGCUCCCCACUCAAUCGCGUAGGCUUCCUGCGUCCUGACCACCAGUUCCUCUCCUCGGCCCUCCAUCAUCCUAGUACUACAUUCCUAUUGUUCAAGGAUCUCGAGCCCCUCACAAAGUCCGGUACCGAACUUGCACGUUGCAGCUUCUCCGAUGUGAAGCCAGUUAUUGGCGAUAACCCAUUCGAGAAAUCUGAGGAAGAGGUCAUCGCGCAGUACAACUCGAGUUUGUAUGUUCCGCAGAUAAUCUUCUUAGGUCUCGAUGAAAAGAAAGAGGGAUUCACGUACAAGGAGCAUUACAAAGGACAGCCAUGGUUUGCCGUCGAUGUCACACCUAAGGAGAGUGUGAAGGAAAAGGCAGAAGGCGUGCUAGAGAAACUAACAAGCACGGGUCUGGAGUUUAGUAAGGGAAGGAUGAACUUGAAUCUACAGGCUGAGGAAGCGGCCAUAUACGCGGAAGCCCGCCACCUUCUCGACUGGAAUGCGCGGAACCCCUUUUGCGCUUCCUGCGGCUACAAGACCAUGUCCGUAAACGCAGGUUUCAAGCGCACUUGCCCGCCGAAAGACAUCGCAUCUGAAGUCAAUCAAGGCGAGCGCCCACCUUGCGCAACUCGAACUGGUAUCUCAAACCUCUGUUUCCCUAGGACUGACCCAACUGUCAUCAUGGCCGUUGUAUCCGCCGAUGGAAAGAAGAUCCUACUAGGACGCCAAAAGCGCUGGCCUCCUAACUGGUAUUCUACCCUAGCCGGUUUCCUCGAACCUGCUGAGAGUGUGGAAGAAGCUGUGCGUCGCGAAGUCUGGGAAGAAUCUGGCAUUCAUCUCGGUCGUGUCGUGAUUCACAGCACUCAGCCCUGGCCCUAUCCUGCCAACCUUAUGAUUGGCGCUGUCGGACAGGCGAUUCCGGAAGGAGAGACGAUUCAUCUAGGACACGACGCUGAGUUGGAAGAUGCGAAGUGGUUCACAGCAGAGGAAGUCAGAGAGGCGCUUCGUGUUGGUACUAGUGGACUUGGUGAAGACGCUGGGCCAGAAUACAAAGAGGGUGGACUGAGAUUACCACCGAAGACCGCGAUUGCAAACCAGCUCAUGACAGCCGUUGUCAAUGGCUUCGCCAGUGGAGGCCCGAUGAUUUAG